GCCUUUAGCUGCUUGUAUUGUUUAUGGCGUGUAUUUUUUACCACGACACGCCAGCACUUACGCCAUAAGUCCAUGACUCGGCGACGAUCGAGCUCACAGCCAAGCAGAGCAGAGGUAGAUAGGCGACACUGCAGUAGGGCUCCGAUCCAGGCGGCUAACCUCGACAGCGGCAUCCUCCGAUCCUCGCCUCGCCAUGGACGCUGCCGGGUCGCCGCCGUCCCCCUCGCGGCUGCUGCGCAUCGUGAUCUGCCCGUGGCUGGCGUUCGGCCACAUGCUCCCGUACCUGGAGCUCGCCGAGCGCCUGGCCUCGCGCGGCCACCACGUCUCCUUCGUCUCCACGCCGCGCAACCUCGCGCGCCUCCCGCCGCGGCGGCACGUCAUCGACCUCGUCGCGCUCUCGCUCCCGCGCGUCGAGGGCCUCCCCGACGGCGCCGAGUCCACCAACGACGUCCCCGGCGACCGGCUCGAGCCGCUCUGGGAGGCCUUCGACGGCCUCGCCGCGCCGUUCGCGGAGUUCCUCGCCGCCGCGUGCGCCAUCGACGCUGACAACGGCAACAGCAAGCGGCCCGACUGGGUCCUCGCCGACACGUUCCACCACUGGGCCCCCGCCGCCGCCCGCGAGCACGGGGUGCCGUGCGCGGUGCUCCUGCCGACCGCCGCCUUGAUCGCCGCCUUCGCCUGCGGGGCGCGGGGGCACGCGGAGCUCGCCGCCGACACCACCGUGUUCGAGCAGGUGAUCGCCGUGGGCGGAGGGCCGCCGCCCGGCAUGCCGCGCUACGAGUGGGAAGGGGACGCGCCGCUCUUCGCCGUCCACGGCGCGUCGGGCCUGACCAUCGCCCGGCGCACCUCCCUGACGCUCGAGCGGUGCACGAUCGCGGCCAUCUGGAGCUGCCCGGAGUGGGAGCUCGACGCGUUCCCGCUGGCGGCGGCGCUCCUCGGCAAGCCGCUCGUCCCGCUCGGCCUCCUGCCGCCGUCGCCCGACGGUGGACGCGCCACCGACGCACACAGGGACGACGCCGCCGUGCGGUGGCUGGACGUGCAGCCGGCCAAGUCCGUCGUGUACAUCGCGCUGGGGAGCGAGGUGCCGCUGCGCGUGGAGCUCGUGCACGAGCUGGCGCGCGGGCUGGAGCUCGCCGGGACGCGCUUCCUCUGGGCUCUGAGGAAACCCAGAGUCGUCUCUGACGACGACGUCCUCCCUGCCGGCUUCCUAGAGCGCACACACGGCCAUGGGCUGGUGACCAUGGGGUGGGUCCCUCAGAUCGCCAUACUGGCGCACGGCGCCGUGGGCGCGUUCUUGACGCACUGUGGCCGGAACUCGCUCAUUGAAGGGCUUCUGUACGGGCACCCUCUGAUCAUGCUACCGAUCUUCGCCGACCAAGGGCCGAACGCGCGGCUCAUGGAGCGGAGGAAGGUAGGGUUGCAGGUGGAGAGGAACGAGGAUGAUGGAUCUUUUGACCGCCAUGGCAUCGCGAGCGCGGUCCGGGCCGUCAUGGUAGAGGAAGAUACCAGGAAGGUCUUUGUGGCAAAUGCGAUGAAGAUGCAAGAGAGUGUAGCCGAUAAGGAGCUCCACGAGAGGUACGUCGAUGAGUUUGUGCAGGAACUUAGAUCCUACAUCACUGAUGGCAACUCUACUCAGGCUGAUGAGACGUAGUAUUAGUUUUGCAGGAUUUUGUGUGUCUGUUUAAUUCGAUGCAGUUUUUAAACGUUGCUAGUGAUUGUUGCCGAUACACUGCUAGAUGGAAAAAUCAUGUAUCGAAUAAGGAAUUGCGCUGUUAGUGGCGGCUGCAGUGAAGAAUUGUUUGUCAUAUUUGAGACAACGACAUCA